UUCGGCUUAAUUUUUAAGCGGGAAUAUUUGACGUUUGUGAACGAAUGAUGUGCCGAAAAAUGAGCGCCAAUAACAGAUUUAAAAAAUAUAUUCGGCAAUGGAAACCGUAUGGCUGAAUGUCGGCUGUAUGUAUGUGUAGUAUUCAGUGUAGAUACAAAAUUAGUUUGGUGCUGUGAGUAAAAUUUUAAUCUAUUAUCUUUAGGUUGCGUUUCAGCAAUGUACACAUAGUCCCCAGGUACCGAUACGAUGAUAAGACAUUAUCAAAUAAAUCUUAUCACUUCAGCCUGAUUGCACGGCGAACGUAAGCGCGUGACUGUGUGUAGUGGGUACCUAUUAUUUGAAAAAAUACACAAAAAUGCGCGCCCAUUUUUUCAUAUUUCUAUUUAUAGUUUCACAUUGUGUUAGUGAUGAAGACGUUAAAAGUGAAACAGGUGUAGAAGAAAACUACAAGUUAAUAAAAUUAAGUGAAGUUUGUACGUGUAGUGAAAUACCGGAUUAUGAUGGAACUCACUUGGUUCUCAACGUAUUGUGCUCAGAGUUGGACAGGAUUGAGAAUGUAGCCGAUUUGGAUAAGGUAGAGUGGCCGCCCAACCCUAAUGGCUUGAAGAUAUCAGCUGCUUUUGAAGGACUGGGCCUCACCACCCUAGGCAAAUUACCUCCGAACUCCCAGGUGGAAUCUCUUAGGUUCAGUAACAACGCCAUCAAGACAUACUGGCCAGACCCUUUCAGCGACGUACCCAACUUGACCAAGCUGUCGUUCGCUCAAAACGACCUCUAUGUCAUUACACCGGACCUGUUCACCAAGAUAGACCGGCUUGAAGACUUGGACCUCUCCUACAAUAAAAUUUCGGAUUUCAACCCGUUGGAUUUCAAGCACCUGCGCAUGGUGAAAAAGUUUAAUCUACAAAGUAACCAGUUGUCGAAAGUUCCUUUAGAAUCGAUAAUGCCGAUGACUGCUUUAGAGCAUUUGGACUUGAGUAAGAAUGGUAUUUUCGAUUUGCUACUGCAAAGGACGGAUGGGGUCGGGCUAAGCAGUUUGAAAAGAUUGUAUCUUAACAGCAACAGAAUUCGUUCGGUUACCAAACAUUCUUUCCCAGCCGAUAACAAAUUAGAACUGUUAGAUCUGUCCAACAAUCUCAUAGAGAUUAUAGAAGAAGACGCCUUCUUACCAUGCACUAACUUAAAGGAACUGAAUCUUGGACAAAACAACAUAACGCUGGUGUUCGAGCUGCCGGCGUCGCUGCAGAUUGCCAUUUUCAAGAUAAACACUUUCUACCACUGGCCUAAGUUUCCGAGCGGUAUAAAGUAUAUAGACUUGUCUUAUAACAGGCUGACGAGUUUAUAUGAUGAAACCAGUAAUAAUUUUCAAAAUUUAGAGAUAUUAAACAUAGGAGGGAAUCAAAUCAAGCAAUUGGACAUCCAGAAGAUCUUGUCUAAUCUAUUCAUUCUAGACAUCUCCUACAAUUUGUUAACGGAGAUCCCAAAAACUUUGAGCGAACAAUACUUGCCGAGCUUGGAAGAGCUGCGACUCGACGGCAAUCCCAUUGCCAACAUCUAUUUCAAUAACGUGAUGGUCCUCAAAACUUUGCACAUGAGCUAUAUGGAUAAACUAAUGAAAGUGGAUGAUAAGGCGUUUAGCAACGUCGUAGGAAGAGGAGAAGACGAGACAGAAGAACAGUCAAACUGUUUCUAUCUCUAUCUGUCGAAUUGCCAAUCGCUGAGCGAAAUACACGUGGGUGCUUUCGAGGGGACUACUGUGUGCAUGCUAGACGUGAGCAAGAACAACCUGACGAAUCUCCCACAAGACUUACUGCCCUGGUCCUCUGUGUCCGCGGGCAUCAACCUGCAGUUCAACCCGUGGCACUGUAGCUGCGACCUGCAGUGGAUGGUGGAUCAGCUGAUACCUUACCUCUACAACACCAACUCCUCGUACCUGCUCGAUGACUUAAGAUGCGGUUCCCCGCGCGCCUACCAACACUUACGACUGGUUCACUGGUACAACUGGACGGACCGAGCUAUGUGCAGCAACGGGUAUCUGAGGGCGGGACCACACGACACAUACAUCCUGGAAGCGUCGACUGAAGGGAACCCUUUCCACAUGAGCACCAUGACGCUGAUCCUCAGCAUCAGCAUAGCGGUCUCCCUUACAGUGGCCGUUGUACUGAUAAUCUACCUCGUCGUCACCAGGAAACGGUACAGGAUACGACGAGCGGCCCUCAAUCGGAAGAGACAGAGUGCCAUAGACGCCAAACACACGAAUGGCACGGAGAAGGAACAAUAUGCCGCUCUGAAUAGAACUUGAAUUAAGAUCAGUGAGAAGAACUUUAUGAAGAAAC